UGCGAGAUGUGUCGCGUCCCUCAUCGGACGCAGAGGAGGCGCAGGCGCUUCUUGCGGUCUGGGGCGCUAUUGCUCGAGAGGAAAAUCACCUAAACUCUUUUUGUUCUGAUUUGAUUACGUGGUUCUGUCGCUGAAAAUGGUUCGAGGUUUUGAUUCGGAGCGAACUGUGCUGCUCAAAUGGAUGUUUGUUGGUGUGAAUCCGAGCGAAUUUGUCGUUCGUUGGUUGCUCUGUGUUCUUGAGAAGUUUCGUUUUUCGGUAAUGGCGAGAAAUGUUAGUAAUGGCUAUUGCGGGUGCAGGAGGUGGCGUUGGUGUUGGUGUGUGUGGCGAAGAUGGCAUCGGAGGCGGAGGGGGAGGUGGCGGCGGGGCCGGAGGUGGUGCUGCCGAUCGGAGCGCAGAAGCACGACCCGGCGUGGAAGCACUGCCAGAUGGUGCGGUCGGCCGGCCGCGUGAAGCUCAAGUGCGUCUACUGCCACAAGCACUUCCUCGGCGGCGGCAUCCACCGCUUCAAGGAGCACCUCGCGCGCCGCCCCGGGAACGCGUCCUGCUGCCCCAAGGUGCCUCCGGAGGUGCAGGAGACCAUGCACCACAGCCUCGACGUCGUCGCCGCCAAGAAGAAGCGCAAGCAGUCCCUGGCCGAGGGCAUCAGGCGAAUGACCCACUCGGCGCCGCCCGCCGCCGCUCCUCCGGUCGACGCCACCGGCGCUGCCGAGAUGGAGAGCCCCAUCCGCAUGAUCCCGCUCAAUGAGGUGCUCGACCUGGGCUCUGUUCCUCUCGAGGAGACGCCACCGGAGGCCAGGGAGAUGAAGGGGAGCACUAGCAAGAAGAGAAAGAAAUUGGCAGCGAGGCACGCCUCCGCAGCGCCCCCCGCUCAUCAGAAUCCUGCCCCUCAGACCCAGCCUUUUCAUCAGAUGGUCAUGGCGUUCGACGCAGCUGCAUCGCAACUGAGGCAUUUUGACCAGUCUGCCUCGAACAAGGAGCAGGUUUAUAUGGCAAUUGGGAGGUUCUUGUAUGACGCUGGUGUGUCACUGGAGGCUGUGAAUUCCGUCUACUUUCAGCCGAUGCUUGAAGCUGUUGCCUCGGCAGGAGGGAGGCCUGAAGCAUUCUCGUAUCACGACUUCCGUGGUUCCAUAUUGAAGAAGUCGCUCGAUGAAGUGACGGCUCAGGUGGAGUUCUACAAGGGAUCAUGGACCCGGACAGGCUGCACAUUAUUGGCCGAUGAGUGGACUACUGACAGAGGGAGAACAUUGAUAAACUUUUCUGUGUAUUGCCCAGAAGGUACUAUGUUUCUGAAGUCGGUCGACGCAACCGACAUGGUUGUGUCGUCGGAUCCGCUGUAUGAGCUGCUGAAGAAUGUUGUCGAAGAAGUUGGUGAGAAAAAUGUUGUCCAAGUCAUCACAAACAAUUCCGAGAUUCAUGCAGUGGCAGGAAAGAGGCUAGGUGAAACUUUUCCUACAUUGUUCUGGUCUCCAUGCUCUUUCCAGUGCAUCGAUGGGAUGCUUGAAGAUUUCAGUAAGGUGGGGGCAAUCAAUGAGAUCAUAUGCAAUGCGAAGGCCAUCACGGGAUUUAUCUACAACAGCGCAUUUGCAUUGAACUUGAUGAAAAGGCAUCUACAUGGGAAAGAUCUGCUAGUUCGUGCAGAAACCCGUGCUGCUAUGAACUUUGUCACACUGAAGAAUAUGUACAAUCUGAAGGAGUCCUUGGAAGCCAUGAUCAGCUCAGAUGAGUGGAUUCACUACUUGCUACCAAAGAAACCUGGUGGGGUUGAAGUGACCAAUCUUAUUGGCAAUUUGCAGUUUUGGUCUUCGUGCGCUGCAGUGGUUCGCAUCACCGAACCACUUGUGCAUCUUCUUAAGUUAGUCAGUAGCAACAAGAGGCCACCUAUGGGGUAUGUUUACGCUGGAUUAUAUCAAGCCAAAGCAGCAAUCAAGAAAGAGCUGGUGAGGAAGAACGACUACAUGGCUUACUGGGAUAUUAUUGAUUGGAGAUGGGACAAGCAUGCACCACGACCACUUGAUUUAGCUGGUUUUUUCCUGAACCCAUUAUUUUUUGAUGGAGUUCGAGGUGACAUAUCAAAUGAGAUAUUCUCAGGAAUGCUAGACUGCAUAGAAAGGCUGGUUUCUGAUGUGAAAAUCCAAGACAAAAUCCAAAAGGAGCUCAAUGUAUACCGGAGUGAGGCAGCAGGGGAUUUCCGUAGGCAAAUGGCUAUCCGAGCCCGGCGUACUUUACCUCCUGCUGAAUGGUGGUAUACGUAUGGAGGAGCUUGCCCAAAUUUGACACGUUUAGCGGUUCGAAUUCUCAGUCAAACCUGCAGUGCUAAAGGACGUGACCGGCAACACAUCUCUUUUGAACAAAUUCAUGACCAAAGAAUGAAUUUUUUUGAACGCCAACGAAUGCACCAUCUCACAUUUGUUCAAUACAAUCUACGACUGCAGCACAGGCAACAACACAAGGCAAAAGCAUUUGAUCCUGUCUCAGUCGACAACAUUGACAUAGUCGAGGACUGGGUUUUGGAUAGAUCUACAUUGAUGUCUGGCCAGGCAGAACAGUCAAACUGGACAGAAAUUAACCAACCAGUCAACAAUAUCACAUCAAUGGGGCCGAGUGAUGAUGAUGAAUUUGAGUCUUUCAUUGAGGGAGUUGAUAAUGAAAUGAUCCAAGCUGCUUCUCGGGGAACUCAGGAGGAAGAUGAUUAACUCCGAGGAAAUCCUGUGCUAACAGGUGGAGUCAUUACAACUGGGUAGUAGGGAUUGCUAGUUUUAACUCGGAUAACAUGUAAACUAACCGGCCUUCACGGCAAAAAAGAACAUGUAAACUAAUGUGUCAUGGACAAAAUCUGGCAUUGCUUGUCACCAUUUUGCAAGUAGUUAUUUUUUUUUCUCUGCAACCAAUCUAUGUCAUGUUUAGAACACGAGAAAGCCUGUUCAGUUCUCGUAGGAGUCAGAAAAAUUCUUAAAAUUUAGAAGUUAGAGAACCAUGCCCUGAUCUGUCUCCUACUGUCACCAAUGUUUUUUUUUUUUUAUACCUUGCUAAUUUGUCAUGAUGAUCUUCUGUUGUAAAAGCAGA